ACGACUACAAGGAGUUUGGUGUCAACUGCGAGAAGAUGGCAUCGGAGAUUGAAGAUCAUAUCUUCCAGGAGCUGAAGAGCACAGACAUGAAGUAUCGCAACCGGGUGCGGAGCAGGAUCAGCAACCUGAAGGACCCCAAGAACCCCAGCCUGCGGAGGAAUGUGCUGUGCGGGGCCAUCCUGCCCAGCCUCAUCGCCCGCAUGACUGCCGAGGAGAUGGCCAGCGACGAGCUGAAGGAGCUGAGGAAUGCCAUGACCCAGGAGGCCAUCCGGGAGCACCAGAUGGCCAAGACAGGUGGCACUGUCACUGACCUCUUCCAGUGUGGCAAGUGCAAGAAGAAGAAUUGCACGUACAACCAGGUGCAGACACGCAGCGCUGAUGAGCCCAUGACGACAUUUGUGCUGUGCAAUGAAUGCGGGAACCGCUGGAAG